AGGCUUCCGAGCCGGGGCAAAGGCAGGUCGCCCCCCAGCACCCUGCCGCGACCCGCGCCCUCUGUCCCUGCAGCCGCUCCCGCCUGGACUUCACCUCCUGGCCGGGCAGCGGGGAGUGCCAGAUAAUGGGUACUGUGCAGUAAGCUGGGGAGGCAUGCUGAAGCUGGGUUUGUGGCAGAAUGAGUUUAAAAGAUGCUGGCAGUGCAGUUUGCCAGGAGAAGGUGGCCUAUCAUCUUCAAAUUUACCCUCAGCUCUCGAUAGAAAGUGCUCCCUGCUGUAGAGUGACUGCAACCAAGGACAGCAGUGCUUCGGAUGUCAUCAAGGAUGCGAUAAAUACUUUGAACUUGGAUGUCUCAAAGCAUUAUGUGCUUGUGGAAGUGAAAGAAUCGGGUGGUGAAGAAUGGGUACUUGACAUAAAUGACUCUCCUGUUCAAAGGGUUUUGCUUUGGCCCCGCCGUGCUCAGGAUGAGCAUCCUCAAAAGGAUGGUUACUACUUCCUUUUGCAAGAAAGGAACACCGAUGGGACCAUCAAAUAUGUCCACAUGCAACUGGUGUCCAAGGCGAAGGAGGCUCGACGGUUGGUUGAAAGAGGUUUUCUUCCAUGGCAUCAGGAAGACUUUGAUGACUUGUGUAACCUUCCCAAUUUAACAGAGACCACGCUCCUAGAGAAUCUCAAAUGCCGCUUUUUGAAACAAAAGAUUUAUACUUAUGCAGGAAGUAUUCUGAUUGCCAUUAACCCCUUCAAAUUUUUGCCCAUUUAUAACCCAAAAUAUGUCAAGAUGUAUGAGAAUCACCAGCUUGGGAAGUUGGAGCCCCAUAUCUUUGCAAUAGCUGACGUGGCUUAUCACACAAUGCUUAAAAAACAAGUCAACCAGUGCAUAGUUAUAUCAGGUGAAAGUGGAUCUGGAAAAACUCAAAGUACAAACUUUUUAAUUCACUGCCUCACAGCACUGAGUCAGAAAGGGUACGCAAGCGGUGUGGAGAGAACUAUUUUGGGAGCUGGACCAGUUCUGGAGGCAUUUGGCAAUGCAAAAACAGCUCAUAACAAUAACUCCAGUCGUUUUGGAAAAUUCAUUCAAGUCAACUAUUUGGAGAAUGGUGUUGUCAGAGGGGCUGUUGUUGAAAAAUAUCUGCUUGAAAAAUCUCGUCUGGUCUCUCAGGAAAAAGAUGAAAGGAACUACCAUGUGUUUUAUUAUUUGUUACUUGGAGUGAGUGAGGAAGAACGCAAAGAAUUUCACCUCAAGCAACCUGAAGAUUAUUUCUACCUCAAUCAGCAUAACUUGAAAAUUGAAGAUGGCGAAGAUCUCCAACAUGAUUUUGAAAGAUUAAAACAAGCUAUGGAAAUGGUUGGCUUUCUUCCUGCAACAAAAAAGCAAAUCUUUUCAGUGCUUUCAGCUAUUCUCUACUUGGGCAAUGUUACCUACAAGAAGAAAGCCACCGGUCGGGAUGAAGGGUUAGAAGUGGGACCCCCUGAAGUACUGGACAUCCUCUCGCAGCUUUUAAAGGUCAAACGAGAACUUUUGGUGGAAGUGCUGACAAAAAGAAAAACGGUGACAGCCAAUGACAAGCUUGUCCUGCCUUAUAGUCUCAAUGAGGCAAAAACAGCUCGGGAUUCAAUGGCAAAGUCCUUGUACAGUGCUCUGUUUGACUGGAUUGUUCUGCGAAUUAAUCAUGCACUUCUUAAUAAGAAGGACAUGGAGGAGUCUGUUACAUGUUUGUCCAUUGGUGUGCUUGAUAUUUUUGGAUUUGAAGAUUUUGAAACCAACAGUUUUGAGCAGUUCUGUAUAAAUUAUGCAAAUGAACAGCUUCAGUAUUAUUUCAAUCAACACAUUUUCAAAUUGGAGCAGGAGGAAUACAAAAGUGAAGGGAUCACGUGGCACAAUAUUGACUAUACUGAUAAUGUGGCCUGUAUUCACUUAAUCAGCAAGAAGCCCACCGGCCUCUUCUAUCUGCUAGAUGAAGAAAGCAACUUUCCACAUGCCACCAGCCAGACCCUACUUGCAAAGUUCAAGCAGCAGCAUGAGGAGAACAAGUUCUUUGUUGGAACCCCAGUGAUGGAGCCUGCUUUUAUUAUCUGGCAUUUCGCUGGGAAAGUUAAAUAUCAGAUAAAGGAUUUCCGAGAGAAGAACAUGGAUUACAUGAGACCAGAUAUUGUCGCCUUGCUUCGCAGUAGUGACAGUGCCUACGUACGGGAGCUGAUCGGGAUGGAUCCUGUGGCUGUGUUCCGCUGGGCUGUUCUGCGAGCUGCUAUUCGGGCAAUGGCGGUCUUUGCAGAAGCAGGGCGCCAGAGAGCUCAAAAAACUGCAGGAGUGGUACGACAUGGACCUCGGGUUCCUCUUGGAGAACUCCAGAGAGCAAAUACACCAGUAGAAAAAGUAUAUCGGGACUUGCAUGAUCAAAUCAUCAGGAGUAUAAAAGGACUUCCCUGGCAGGGUGAUGAUCCCUGUAGGCUGCUUCGGUCACUCAGUCGACUUCAGCCACACCGCUUCCACUUCCUGAAAAGUAGAGGUAUCAAACAAAAGCAGAUCAUUCCCAAGAACUUGCUGGAUUCCAAGUCUCUGAAGCUUAUAAUGAGCAUGACGCUGCAUGAUCGGACUACAAAAUCCCUCUUACAUUUGCACAAAAAGAAGAAACCCCCUAGCAUAAGCGCACAAUUCCAGACCUCUCUCAAUAAACUACUGGAGACUCUGGGGAAAGCUGAGCCAUUCUUCAUCCGGUGCAUUCGCUCCAAUGCUGAAAAGGAGGAGCUCCUUUUUGAUGAGAGCUUGGUUUUGCAGCAGUUGAGAUACACUGGCAUGCUGGAGACGGUGCGAAUUCGAAGAUCUGGUUACAGUGCAAAAUACACAUUCCAGGAGUUUAUAGACCAGUUUCAAGUGUUAUUGCCCAAAAAUGCCAAAGCCCUGAAGGAAGACAUAUGUGCUUAUCUGAAUAAACUGAAACUGGACAAAAACAACUACCAAAUAGGGAAGACCAAGGUGUUCAUGAAAGAGCCUGAGCGACAGAUAUUACAGGAAGCACUACAUAAAGAAGUGAUCAGAAAAAUCAUUCACCUUCAGAGCUGGCUCAGGAUGGUUUUGGAAAGGAGACGCUUCCUCAGAAUGCGGCAGGCAGCCAUUACUCUGCAGGCUUGCUGGCGCUCGUAUUGUGUUAGGAGGGCACUGGAGAGGAAAAAUGCUGCUGUCUAUAUUCAGUCAGUGUGGCGAGGGUACAGGGAACGGAAGUCCUACUGUCAGCAGAAGAGGCAAAUCUCCCUUGUGCAGGCGCUUGCUAGGGGGCACCUACAGCGUAAGAGGUUUCAACAAAUGCUUGUGGAGAAGCAGAAAGCUGAGGAAGAGCAAGCGGAGAUGCAACAAGCUCAAGGGAACGAGACUGGUAUAAACGAGGCUGAGGAUGGUGAAGCAGCGUUGGAGCAAUUGGAUGUAAAACCAGCGAUGCAACUAGAUGAAGGUGUCGAACAGGUGGCGGAAAGAGAAGACAAAGCUCAGCAUGUGCAAACUGAAAACUUGAGCCAAGCUCCUGAAAGGGCUGUGCCAUCCCAGAAGAGCAUAGCUGAUGGCCCAGAGAAGAUCCCAAGUAGUCGGGAGAAACGGGCAUCUCGACGACAGAGAGGGCUGGAGCACAACAACUUGCAGAAUAAGCAUGUCCUAUUCUCCUUAGAUGAACAGUCUUUAGUGUGCCUUGAAGAAAAAACUGCUGCUAAAGAAGCCCCAGAAACAGUCCAAGAGCCAGAAAAAGCCACAGCAGAAGAUUUGGUACUUCUGAAAGGUACAGAGGAGAGAAUCCCAGUGGAAGAAAGCAAAACACUUUCAGACGUGCAGCUGUCACGUAAAAGAAUGGAUGAUGAUUCCAGUGCCGAGCAAGCCACUGAAUCAAAGCAGGAAACAUUAGAUGAGAAGGAUGCUUAUAGACUGAAAACACAGGAGAGCCAAAAGAGCCAGAUAAAAGGCAGCCAAAGCUUCAACUGUCCUGAAAGGCCAUCAAAUCUUAUGCUGAAUUUUAAAAGUAGCCUGCCUGCUACUGGAAGCUUUCGAAGUCCAGUCGAAUAUCGUGCAGAAAGACAGAAACACAGAGCCAAAGACCUGGACAGCCCCACCUCUUUUCAGAUACAGAGGUACCUGGAUGACCCAGGGAAACUGAGAGAUAAACGGGAAAAAUGGAAAGGAAAGAGGCAGUCAGAAGCUGGUCAGAAUGAAAUGCUAAGCCAGUCUUUCGAGGAAAGAAUCGAAAGUGGCCAGUCUCCAGAGACUCCACUAGAAAAGAAGAGGACUACUUCUUCGCUGAAUGAUAUCUCCAACCUGGCCCAAUCUGUCAGCAUGAGUCGGCCACCUCCAGAUACAACCGAAGAAGACAAGAUCAACAAAAAACACGCUCUGCAAAAGAAGUCAACAGAGCAGUUAUCACCCGUGGAUUCAGCUGUUCCACUGCAGUCUUCUAGCCAGCAGAUGGAUGCGAAGUCUACGUUCAAAAGUCCUUUGCGUCGAUUCCUGGGGAAAAAAACAGACAAGAAAAACCUUAAGGAGAGUCUGGAUGCAAUAGAGGAAGGGGAGAAUAUUUCACUUGUAACAUGUGCUUUGAUACGAGAAACAUCGGAACCGCAGCAAGUGUCGGAAUGCCCUCCUGGACAACCAGGUCACCCUCAGGCAGGAGAGAGCCACGUGAAAGACGCUGGCAAAGCAAAGAAGAGCCGUACUAUUAAGAUCAGCAAAGUUACAGCUGCGUCUGAGAAGUGGCGAGUGUCUGUGUCCCGCAAGAUCACAAAUGCCGAUGAGCUGAAAUAUCUCGAUGAGUUCCUUCUAAACAAGAUAAAUGACUUGCACUCUCAGAAGUCUGCUAUUGAAUGCUUGUUUUUCAAAGCCACAGACAAGUUUAGAGGAAACAUCAAAACCAUGUACUCUGUUCCUAAUGGAAAAAUCCAUGUUGGCUAUAAAGACCUGAUGGAAAACUAUCAGCUUCUAGUUGUAAAUCUGGCAAAAGAGAUGGAAGAGAAAGAAGUCAAGCUAGUUUUAAAUAUCUUCCAAUCCCUUCUUGAUGAGUUUUCCCGGGAAUAUUUCAAAAAAGAGGAGUCUGAGCAGCACAAGCACAGCAAAGCGCAGAAGAAGAAACGGAAACAAGAGCGUGCAAUUGAGGAGCACAAUGGCCACGUGUUCAUGAACUACCAAGUGAGCAUUCGGCAGUCGUGUGAGCAGUGCUCAUCCUACAUUUGGCCCAUGGAGAAGGCCUGUCUCUGCAGCAGUUGCAAGUUGGCUUGUCACAAGAAAUGUGUGUCCAAAAUUCAGAGCAGCUGUACAUCCGGUUUUGGAAGAAAGAAUGACCAAGAUGCAGAAUCGCGUCACUUUGGGGUUUGUGUGAGUUCCUUAACCAGUGAUAAGAAUUCAGUCCCCGUGGUCCUGGAGAAACUGCUAGAAUAUGUGGAGAUGCAUGGCCUCUACACAGAAGGCAUCUACCGGAAAUCUGGGUCAGCGAAUCGCAUAAAGGAGCUGAAGCAGUUACUGGAGUCAGAUCCAAAUUCAGUGAAACUGGAGAAUUUUCCCAUUCAUACUAUCACUGGGAUCUUGAAGCAGUGGCUGCGGGAGUUACCAGAUCCCCUCAUGACGUUUGCGCAGUACAGUGACUUCCUCCGAGCAGUAGAGCUGCCAGAAAAGCAGGAGCAGCUCUGUGCCAUUUACAGCGUCCUUGACCAGCUUCCACAAGCCAAUCACAACACGUUGGAGCGACUUGUCUUCCACCUGGUCAAGGUGGCCCUGAUAGAAGAUAUAAACCGCAUGUCACCUAACGCUCUGGCUAUCAUCUUUGCUCCAUGCCUCUUGCGCUGCCCUGAUAAUUCAGACCCUCUAACCAGCAUGAAGGACGUCUCAAAGACAACAAUGUGUGUGGAGUUGCUAAUAAAAGAGCAGUUGAGAAAGUACAAGAUAAAAAUGGCUGAGAUUAAUCAGCUGGAAGCAGCCGAGAGCCUUGCUUUCCGUCGGCUUUCGCUGCUUCGACAAAACACGCUCUGGCCUGUAAAACUUGGGUUUUCUUCUCCUUCUGAGGGGGUACUGAAUAAAAGCCCCCAGCCUAAGGGAAAUGACGACAAUAAUUUUCCUGAGCUGGGCUCACUUCAGGAGGAAGAGGAAGCAUCUGAUGCUGAGAAGCGAGAAAAGGAGAUUUUGAUUGAACGCAUCCAAUCAAUUAAGGAGGAAAAGGAAGACAUAACUUACCGAUUACCUGAGCUUGACCAGCGAUGCUCUGAUGAGGAAAACGUGGACUCAGAGACCUCGGCAAGCACGGAAAGCCUGCUGGGCGACCGAGCAGGGAGGCUGGAUGCCGAAGGAGCUGCUCCGUCUGGAUUCCAGAGCCGUGACCAGAGCCUCGGCGUGCUCAACAGAGACUCUAGCAGAGCGCCUGGUGUUUCUCUUCCAUUGGCCUCCGCACACUCCUCUCCUGCCUCCUUGGCUACAAGACACAGAUCAUCUUCGAUGCUGCUCAGCAUGAAACUACCACGCCGAAAUCCAGUGAUGCCAACAGCAAAUAUAAGACUUCCUCCUGGGAUCCUCAAGCUGACAGAAUCCCAGGGCAGGACUUCAGUUACGGAUGUGUCUCGACUCAUGGUGAGACGGAGGGAGCGGCCAGCAAGGCGACCUGAUAAGAUCCACUCCGUGUACAUUGCACAAGGGUCGGCUGUGGCCCAGGCUCAGGAAUCUGUGGAUGAAUAUGAACCAACAGCAAAAGUGAAGCGGCGGUUUUCAGACCCUUACUCGCAUGUGCCACCUAUGCCCGAGUGAAAUAUUUCAGACGCCCGAUCCUUAUGUUGAAGGUUGACUGCAGCUCCGGCGCCAUCCCUCGAGGGCCGUGAAGGUGCGCACGUGUCCUUGUGGUUGGGGAGCUGCCGGCCGGGCCCUUCGCAGCAGGCCCAGGUCGAGCGGAGCUGUUCAUAGCAAACGAUAUUCUGCUCUUUGUAAGACAUCUAAAUUAAAAGGAACUGCAAAAGAAGUAGGAUCUUAAAUCUGCUUUAAGUAAAGUGCAUGGAACUGAGCCUGUCGGAGGAAAGUGUGGCCCUGUGGGCCCUGGUAGGACCAGAGGGGAGCGGGGGAACCUGGGGCCUUGCUCUGCGCCGGUUAUGUUUCUACGACAGCUUCCUUGGCGGUUUGCGGACUUUCUGAUGUUGUAAUGGCCUUCACUGAGGCCAGAAGUAUAUCGACUUGUUGAUGAAUACAUUGCACUUUUUAAACCCGG